AUGCUUCCAAAGCAGCUCCCGGAUCACGAUUUAAGCACGGAAGAAAUUGAGGCUGCAAAAACUACAUCCCAAAUUAGCAUCACCCAGAUAAGUGUUCUUAUCACCAGUCUCCACGAGGAAAACUACGCACAGGUCGAACGAGAAAUUCACGACCUACUGCAGAGAUCGCCAGCCUACGUUUACGAAAAGUAUUGGAGAAAACUAUUGCCCCUGGCGUCGGUGCACAUUAAACAGCACCAUAAACUUAACACGGAAACAGACCUGGUACACCGUCUGCUGUACCGUUUAUUUCAGGAUCUACCGCUCAAGAGCCCAGAAGUUCUGGAUCGUGUGAGAAAAGACGUGUUUCAGAACCCUGAAAUUCAAUCCCAAACCGGAUUACAAGUUCAAGAUCUUAUACAGACCCUAGAUCCCGAGCGUGACCAGCAUAUUGUUAGCCUGAUUGAUCCAGCGCCUACGAUUGACCGUUUGACACGUCUCAAAAACCUCACAAUGAACGCAGCACUGUCUUUGCAGAGAUUUUUGGCCACAGAGUCCCCAACAACAUUGGAACAGAACUUAAGCAGUCUUCUUUGUUCUCUGAAGGGCGAAAACCUCAAUGAUUUUGUGGCCCUGAUUCUAUCCGAAACCCUUGCUCCGCAUUCACAGAAUAUUCAGCAGCCAAACUCGGCAUGGUUUACGCCAAUUGCUAUCGGUGAAGCCGGCCAAAGAGGAACACAACUUUCGAAUGCCUUCACGAAACUCGGCCCAUCAGCUGUGAACUGGAAUCGGGUCUUCAAUUUGAUGUCGACAAAAUAUUUUUUGGACCUUCCAAUUUCGGUCUCGCUAGCAUCGCUGAAUCAACUGUUGGCGGCCCUGAACCGCGGCCGUCUCAUUGACCAAUUUCUCAACUGCGAUUGGAAUGUUCAGUUCAAGCUCAAUAUUUGUCUUCUAUUUCACAAGUGGAACCUACAACAAGGUUGUAUUGACCUCUUGAGUAUGCCCGACAUUAAGAAAAUCUCCAAUAAUCUAUCAAGCAAUUCCUCUAAAAAAACCUUGCUGUCUUUGAAGUCAAUCGCUCGUUUAGAUGUGGAAAUUUUCCUCCUAAGAGAAGAGCUUGCAGGUAAUCCAAUGUUGCCCAUUUUUCAAGAGUGUUUUUUCGAAGACUACGAUUUUGCUCCAGAAUACCUGGCAUUGGCUGUGAUGACAGAAGCCAGACAUUUUACCUUGUUGGUGGAUAACGCCGCAAUAAUCGACGAUUUGCUAAUUACUUUGUUAGUCAAGGUGUUCGAAAAGAUGCCGACCUCAAUGUCCGACCUCAUCAAGCAGCUACCGUUCGAGAAAGUGGUUGAUCUCGGCAUUGUGAUAAUACGGAAGGAGUCUGCACCAUUGACCUCUUUUCUGCAGGUUCUAUCUGAGGAGAGCUUACUAGAGGAUUUCAUGAAUGCGUUGCCAUUCAACGAAGCAUUAAAAGCAAGCCCGCCCGCUAAGAAAGCUGCGUGGACAGCAUUCGAUGAAUUUAUGAAAAAGCAUGUCACAAAGGAAAAUGUACCUAUCAUACUUCAGUUCCUGGAGCUUCAAUCGAAAAUGGAUGAAUCAACCACACCGUUCUAUCCUUCGAAAGUUUACGAUCUAUCUGCAUUACACUAUAUUAUCACGUUGUUGAAUUCCUUAUCAUUGAGCCAAGCCCAAAGAGAGAGUCUGGAGAGCAUCGAGUUUUCUCUCAUAAUAGCAUUUCCAAGACUAAUAAAUUUUGGUUAUGGUCAUGAUAAGGCAAUUCUCGCUAACGGCGAUCUGGUUCCAAUACCUAUGGAUGUUGAAAAGGAGAUGCAAAAUUAUCUUCAAAAGAUGUACAGUGGAGAAUUGGCCAUCAAGGACAUCAUAGAAAUUCUCAGAAAAUUGAGAGAUAGCGAGGACCCUCAUGAUCAGGAUUUAUUCGCCUGUAUGGCUCACGCCGUGCUCGCAGAAUCUAACUUCUUCAAAGAUUAUCCACUGGAAGCCCUAGCAACCACCUCAGUUCUUUUUGGUUCCAUGAUUUUAUUUCAACUUUUGCGAGGAUUUGUGCUAGACGUCGCCUUUAAUGUUAUAUUGAAGUUUGCCACCGAUGGCACAGAUUCAAAAAUGUUCAAAUUCUCUGUGCAAGCACUUUAUGCUUUUAGAAUGAGGCUAAAAGAAUUCCCACAUUACUGUAGGCACUUGAUAGAGGCUGUGCCCGCUCUACAAAGUCAACCUCAAAUAUUUCAGACGUUGAGCCAGGCAGCAGCUCAAUCGCCUGAAAGGCCAUCGAACGGUCAACCUAAUGUUCACAGACCCCCCGAGAUGGUAGCUCUCAAUUUUUUUGCUAUCAAUGAAGUUCCUCCAAAGGUGAUCCAAGAGAGCCCACCGAAGGAAGUUACAGAAAAGAUUUUGUUUGUUGUUAAUAACAUUACAGAUGACAAUUUCGAAGGUAAAAUUGAAGCAUUGAAGUCGAGUCUCAAAGACACGUAUUAUGGAUGGUUUUCCAAUUAUUUGGUCAAUCAGCGAGCAAAGACGGAGCCAAACUAUCACUCAUUAUAUGCAAGAAUCGUGGAGUCUUUGAGUUCCGAUUUGCUCUUUGAAUAUGUCCUGAACGCCACUUACAAACAGCUACUACUGUUACUCUCUACUAAGGACGUUCAAUCCAACGAGAAGAAUUAUUUGAAGAACCUUGGCUCUUGGCUGGGAAGCGUAACUCUUGCUUGCAACAAGCCAAUCAAGCAUAGCAAUGUCGCGUUUCGCGAGCUAUUGCUCGAUUCCCAUCGCGCAAGUCGGCUUGAAGUGGUUGUACCUUUUGUUACAAAAGUGUUACAGCAAGCUGCCCACUCUAAGGUCUUUAGACCUCCAAAUCCAUGGACAAUAGGAAUCCUCAAGGUUUUGAAGGAGCUCAAUCAAAAAGCAGGUUGGAAGCUUAAUCUAACGUUUGAGGUCGAGGUGUUGUUCAAGGCUUUGAAGGUAAAAUUAGAAGACGUGGAAGCUAGCGAAUAUGUUGACAAUGCUGACAGCAUAGCACUGCUGAGCGGCGAGUUUGCGAAUUUGAGUCCCGAACAGCAACAAGUCGAGCAACAACAACGGGUUUUGCUAAUGCAACAAUAUCAACAACAGUUGGCCCUCAUGCAGCAGCAACCUAAUCAACAGCCCCAACAAACACUGCAGCAACAGAGGGGUCUUUCGAACGGCAACCUCCUCCACGCCGAUCAAGUUCCUAGUGCCGAAGGACAAACUGCGGAGACACCUUUCAGUACCCUCCAUGGUAGCACUUUGUUUGUCACACAUCCUGACCUUAGACGCGUAUUUCAAAUGGCCAUCGCCAAAUCAGUUAGGGAGAUUCUUGUUCCAGCUGUCGAUAAAUCCUCAAGCAUUGCCGUAAUUACUACUGUCAACAUUGUGCUCAAAGAUUUUGCUACUGAGGUCAAUGAGCUGAAGCUUAAAACAGCAGCUGUAACCAUGGUCAGGCAUUUGGCUCAAAGUUUGGCCCGCGCUACCUCAAUCGAGUUGUUGAAGGACACAAUCCGCUCAACGACACAGUCCCUUGCUCCCAAUUUGAUGAAUGUUCCAAAUUCACCUAUCGAAGAACUUAACACCGCUAUCAAUGACAACAUAGGUUUGGCGCUUUCCUUGAUAGAAAAAGCUACCAUUGAUAAGGCGACACUUUAUGUUGGAGAGCAACUGAUGCAAGCAAUAGCCAUCAGAAGAUACCAUAAGGAAAGACGAGCGGACCAACUAUUCCUUGCUCAAAAUGCGAACCCCUAUUCCUUAAACUUGCCAGAACCGCUUGGAUUGAAGGCCACGGGUAUAACACCACAGCAGUUUAGAAUAUACGAAGAAUUUGGGAGCAAUAGCUUGAUAGGACAAGGCAGCGCCAACCAAACUUCCGCACUACCUUCGGAUGGUACUCCUGGACCGGGUCAGCAACAGCUAUUCGGUCAACAGCAGCUACAACAGCCACAGCAGGACCAACAACAGCUUUUUAGUCAACAACACCUACAACAACCACAGCAGGAUCAUCAACAGCAACAGCAGCAGCAACAACACCAGUUACUUCUUGAGCAACAGAAACAAUUUCAACAGCUUCAACAGCUUCAACUUCAGCAACAGCAACAGCAGCAGCAACAGCAGCAACAACAGCAACAGCUACAACAGCAGCAGCUUCACAUUCAACAGCAAAAGGAACGAGAGCAGGAGCAGGAAAAAAGUCGCGCUGUUGAGCAAAUGCAGGAUACCGAUUCAGAGUAUGCUCCUUUACAACAACAAUUCCAACAGCAACAGCAACAGCAAUUACAGCAAUUGCAACAGUCUCAACAAAACCAUAUGUUAAUGCAGCAGGUACAGCAACAACAAGGGCAAUCCCAACCAAGCACACCUCAGCUACAGCCACAGGCUGUUGUCCAAGCGGAAUUAGAACAAAGUCAUAGGGUUUUGGUGCUUCUCAUGGACAGCCUCGUGGCACAGAUCAAGGAGAAUGCUGAUAAAGUUUUAGCCAAUUUGGGUCCGAACAAUGGAAUCAAUGACAUUCUGCUUCAAAUCCUCACACUCAUUUCGAGAAGCAACCAAAAAGAUCAACUUGCAUUGAAAGUGUCUCAAGCGGUUGUGAACAGCAUGUUUGCCACCAGUGAGAGUCCCCUCUGCAGAGAGGUACUUUCUUUACUAUUAGAGAAACUGUGCUCUCUCUCGGUAGUGGCAAGAAAGGACGUAGUUUGGUGGCUAGUUUAUGCGCUAGAUGCCAGAAAGUUUGACGUUCCUGUUAUACGGUCACUUUUAGAAGUGAAUCUCAUCAAUGCAUCAGAGCUUGACAACGUUCUUGUUGUGGCCAUGAAAAAUGGGAUGGAAGGUGCUGUGGCCUUCUCUAUUGAUCUGCUCCGCAAUGUGGUUUUGUCGGAGACUCCUCUUUUCAUGAGGUCAGAAUUCUUGGAGACCAUCAGCUUCCUCAAAAGUAUUGACAGCGAUUCGACUCAUUCAUUUUUUGAAGACUUGGAGAAGUCGCAGGUUUUACCUUUGAGUAAAGUUUCGAGGGCCACCAAUCAAGAAAAGAUGUUUCUUGUUUUCACCGAAUGGGUCAAACUUCUCCAGCGCGUUCCAGACGACGACGUUAAAGUGACGGUCUUCAUUCGCCAAAUGAUGGACAAGGGUGUGAUAAAGUCGACAGAAAAUGUUAUCCAGUUUACAAAGGCAGCUAUAGAGCUUUCUGUUGGGUCAUUUAAGGAAAGUGACCCAGCUAGCGAAGUUUUCAUUGCUGCCGAUGCUUUCAGCAAGUUGAUCGUCAAACUGUUGGUAGUGCAGGUAUUCACGAGUCUGAGCCGUUCCGAGUAUCUCAAGCUAAUGCUCUCUGUCAUUACGAUUGUAUUCUCGGAGGAUCAAGGGAUGACGGGUAACAGCUUCAACGAACGGCCAUACUUCAGACUUAUUUCAAGCUUGCUGUGCCAAUGGGAAGAGGCUAGUGCGCACAACUUUAUCAAAGUCCAGGAUCAAAGCUACAGAAACGAAUUGAUUGAUUUCUCACCUGAAUUUUACAACAUCAUCGCCUCUUUCUUACAUGCCUUUCAACCUAUCGCAUACCCUGGGUUUUCUUUUGCUUGGAUCACUUUGAUAUCGCACAGAAUGUUUUUACCCAAGAUGUUGAGACUUCCGGGCAAGGCGGGAUGGUCGAAGUUGGUUUUGUUGUUCACAGACCUUUUGAAAUUUAUGGCGCAGUACACGAAGAAGAGCGAUGUUCCAGACGCAGUUUCUGUAGUUUACAAGGGUGCUCUUAGGGUGUUCUUGGCUGUUGCAAAUGAUGCUCCGGGGUUCCUGGUGGAAAACCAUUAUGAGUUGCUCAAUAACUUGCCUCCAGUCUACAUGCAAUUGAGAAAUGUGAUUUUGAGCGCGAUACCCAAAAAUAUGGUUUUGCCCAAUCCUUAUGACGCGGAGCUUCGUAUCAGCGACGUAGAGGCCUGUCAGCAUGUUCCAAACGUGUACUACGAUCCUGUGCAGGACCUCAAGAGUCUCAAGAAACCAGUGGACAAUUAUCUGAGAAUCCCAAGUGCUUCUUUGUCAAGAAUGGUUUCAACUAGUCUAUUCAAACCUGGCUAUGAAAAAGAUACCGGUAUUGGAUACGAUAGUGUGUCGGUCGACACAAAGCUUAUCAAUGCCAUUGUUCUGCACGUUGGUAUUGAAGCUGCUUUGGAGAAGGAUAAGACCACCGCCACAGCCAUUUUCAACACGAAAUCUUCGUACUACACUCUUUUGACCAGCAUGCUCAGUGAUGGCAACACAGAGGUCCGUUUCCAUGUCGUGCAAGCGAUUGCCAAUCAACUGCGUUUUCCAAAUGCGCAUACGCAUUGGUUCAACUACGUUUUAAAGAACUUUUUCAUAUCUGAGGACUGGGGCCAAGACACCGCUGAGAUACAGGAAAUCAUCGUUCGGACGUUACUGGAGCGUGUUGUGACUAACAAGCCCCACUGCUGGGGUAUUGUGGUCACAUUCACUGAGCUUCUCAGGUCCUCUGAGUGCUCUAUCAUGACGCUGCCAUUUGUGAAAGACAUUCCAGAAAUUGAACACAUUAUCAAGCACCUCUCGAACUACAUCAACAAUCCCAAAGACGUUUCAAAAGCCGACGGCGAGGGCGAAGUCAAGCUUGUAGCAUCGGAAGCUUGA